AUGGGCGCUCCAGUCGCGGCACUGCUGCUGGUGCAGCUGCUGGUGCAACUGUUGGUGCCAGUGGAACUUGAGAUGCUGGGGUGGCCGGAUCAGGACGUGCUGUUUCCAGGUUUCGAGAACUCGUCAUUGCUCACAUGGCCAUGUGGCCAACGGUCCAUCGGGUCGCGUGUGGUGGGCGGAAAGGACGCAGAUCUCGGGCGCUGGCCAUGGCAGGGCAGCCUACGCCUGUGGGGUUCCCACACCUGCGGGGCGAGCCUGCUCAACCGGCGCUGGGUGCUCUCCGCCGCGCAUUGCUUUGAAAGGAACACUGACCCCUUUGAGUGGACAGUCCAGUUUGGUGAGCUGUCUGCCGUGCCGUCCAUCUGGAACCUGCAGGCCUACUACAACCGUUACGGGGUGGAAGAGAUCAUUUUCAGCCCCAGGUACCGGGGGGCUUCAGCCUACGACAUCGCCUUGCUGAGGCUGUCCUCCUCUGUCACCUACAAUAAGUACAUCCAGCCCAUCUGUAUCCUGGCCUCUUCCGUCGACUUCGAGAACCGGACUGACUGCUGGGUGACCGGCUGGGGGGACAUCCAAGAAAAAGAAGAGCUGCCGGCUCCUUACAUCCUCCAGGAAGUGCAGGUCGGCAUCAUAAACACCACCAUGUGUAACUACCUCUUCUCGCAGUCUUCUUUCCGUUAUAACAUCUGGGGAGACAUGGUUUGUGCUGGCGAACCUCAAGGUGGCAAGGACUCCUGCUUCGCCCUGGUCGCCCGUUCUGCUCCCCAGGGUGACUCAGGCGGACCACUGGCCUGCGAGAAGAAAGGACUGUGGUAUCAGGUUGGGAUCGUCAGCUGGGGAGUGGGCUGUGGUAGGCCCAACCGGCCUGGCGUCUACACCAACGUUAGUUCACACUUCAACUGGAUCCGGAUGCUGAUUGCCCACAGCAGCAUCCACAGGCCAGACCCCUGGCUGCUGCUCCUGUGCCUCCCCCUCCUCUGGAGCACCUCAUUCCUGCAGCUGUCCGGAGCCCAGCAGAGCCCGUGA